CCAUCUCAAAAGUUUUGGAUACAACAAAAACAUAAACGCCAAUCGCAACAUUCAUGUUUUGUAUGAGGAAGAAGCGGUCUGGACUUGCGGUGGCGCUUGUAUUCUUAGCCUUGGUUCAAGUCUCUGUUUCAGUUCCGUUUAUAGUGCUUCAUGGAAUUGCAGCUUCUUGUUCUCAGGGUAAAGAAGCAAACUUCACGCAGCUUCUCACUAACCUCUCUGGCUCUCCUGGAUAUUGCAUAGAAGUUGGAAAUGGAAAACGCGAUUCAUGGUUCAUGCCACUUAUGAAACAAACGGAAAUAGUGUGUGAGAAGGUGAAACAAAUGAAAGAGUUGCGUCAAGGAUACAACAUUGUUGGAAGAUCUCAGGGGAAUCUAGUGGCUAGAGGCUUGAUAGAGUUCUGCGAUGGUGGACCUCCUGUUUUCAACUAUAUAUCUUUAGCAGGUCCUCAUGCUGGAAUCUCCUCUGUUCCUUUGUGUGGUAAUGGAUCACUGUGUGAAAUAGCAGAUAAGCUGAUCAAGUCAGAAAUCUAUAGCGACUUCAUUCAAGAUCAUCUUGCUCCUAGUAAUUAUCUCAAAAUCCCUACUGAAAUAAACAAGUACCUAGAAAAGUCUAAGUAUCUACCUAAGCUUAACAAUGAGAUACCAAACCAAAGAAACUCCACUUACAAAGACCGUUUCACCAGUUUACACAACUUGGUUCUUGUCAAGUUUCAAGACGAUAAGGUUAUUGUUCCACAAGAUUCAUCUUGGUUCGGGUUUUACCCGGAUGGUGCAUUCAAACCACUUCUCUCUGCCCAACAGACAAAGCUAUAUACAGAAGAUUGGAUUGGUUUGAAAACAUUGGAUGAUGCUGGAAAAGUGAAGUUUGUUAGUGUAAAGGGUGCACACAUCAUAAUGGCUGAUCUCGAUGUUGUCAAAUACGUCGUGCCUUAUCUCCAAAAUCAGCCGUCUUUUCCAAAAAAGAUUCAACCGCAAAACGAAGGAGACGUUGCGUCCUUAAAAGCUUAGUGACGAUUGUGUAGAACAAGAAUUCUUAUUCAAUAUAAUAUUAGAUACGUGCCUAGAGAGAACGCAUUGUGAUUGAUCUUAUUUUAUUUUUUAAAAAAAUAUUCAACAGAUUUAUAAGCAAUCAAUCAAAUGAGCAUAUUAACAACCAGAGGGCAAUUCACCACCAAGUACGCAAAUAGAAACCUAGAGAACACCUAUUAUUGCUUCUCACACAAGUUUCAUUUUUUUUAUAAAGAAAAAAACUUUUCUAUUUUCUUGUUUAUCUUCUGACAGGUGAAGAAGUAACGGCUCAUGCUCAAAUCACCUUACACGUCAUUCAAGAGAUGGUGAUACGAAUAAAACAGAGCUCUAGUUCUGAACUUAAGAAUCUGUUUGUUGAUGGUAUGAUGCUUACUUUCUUAUUGUGAUCCUAGACACUACACUACUAGAAAAACAUGUGACAAGUUAAGAAGAUAUAUUCAUUAUAUCAAAAACUUAAUCCAUUUAUUUUGUGGAAGAAUGAAUACUAAUAAAGAACCCAAGCACAAGUGUUUAUGAAAGUACAUUCCACAUUCUAUAUGGUAUCAGAGCCGUCGCUCCUAAAAACCUAAAUUUUUCUAUCAUCCUUUUCUCUUACGCUAAACACAAACACCAUGACUUCUCCAGCACACUCCGAGAUCACAGUCAACUCGCAAAUCGUUCUUAACAUCAAUAUGUCCAAUGUUUCUAAACUCUCAGCCACAAAUUACCUCAUUAUAGAAUGUGGAAUGUACUUUCAUUAGAUGAUAGGAGACUACAAUAUAUAGUUCACGUAGGAACCUAAAGCUAGGUUAACACCAUUUACAUAAUAACCCUUUCCAUAUAUACAUCUCUAUACUCAAUAUCAGCGUCCCAAGAACGCCCCUGUUCACACAGACAGACCAAGCUAAAGAACCAAGUGUACAUCCGUGUCUAUCGUUGACACCACAUCCGCCUUCUCAAUUACAAGGAAACAAUCGUGAUACCUUUCCAACAAACACAACUCCCUGAUAACAAGACUACACGCAAGACCAUCAGGUCUAAUCCCACGGACCAACACCAAACGGAAGAUCUUCUCAGCCGCUUCCCAUCUCUUCAUACAUUUUACUGUAUUAGCGACACAACUAAAACAUUCAGAAAGAGAAACACCACCGAGUUUCACCAACUUAGAAAGAUCCUCACCAUUCUCCAAAACCCCUUGAAUCAAAACACUAGCAGUAACACGAUUCGGCAAACACCGUGUUAAGCACGCACGCACGCACGCAUCCAUCCCCUUAGCCAGCUUCAAAGCUUCAUCAAUCUUCCCCGCAUCGCAAAACCCGUAUAAGUGAUCACAUCAGGACAGAGACCAACACAAUCCGUCUCUUUCAUCAUCUUCUCAGCCAUAUCCAAAUCUCCCUUAUCAACAAACAACUCAGGAUAAGUAAGCAGACUUUACAGCCCAUAACCCCCACUUUGAAAGCCCUUAGAGGGAAGAAAACCCAAGCAAAAAGAGAUAGAAAACAGCGUGAUCCGAUGAUGGCAUGGAAGGUAGGAUUAAUGCCUUUGAGAGAUCCACAUACAGAACAUAGCAGAGGCUAAGCUUGGCCUUGAGUGCCUAUAAGUGGCGAUCUUGUUCCUGAUUGUGGAGUCCAGGAGAGAGAAGACGUCGUCAUGUGUGCGAUAGAUGUUCCGAUGAAGGCGAUUGUUCCUUUCUGACCAGAUGAAGUUGGACAUAGCUUUCGUUGGCAAUUUGUACCCUGAUAGGCGAUCAAGUUGUUUAAACAACCAUUCCAACUUUGAUCACCUAGGAACCCACACCGGCGAGUCACAAGAGCUAGGAGUCUAUCCGAGAAAUCACAUUGAAAGAAGAGGUGAUCUCUUGACUCAUUAGCAGUAUUACACAACAGACAAGUAGGACUGACAAUUAAUCAUCCUGUCUCUAGUCGGGCAACGAUCAAGGGUUACAAGCCAGCAAAGGAAAGAAUGUCGAGGGAUUCCACCAAGAGGCCAAACAACUGUUGACCACUGAACACGGGGGUGACUAUCAAGAAGAGAUAGAUACAUACUUGCAGAUGAGUAUUUUGAGUAGAUUUUUCCCAUCAAUUUCUCAUUCAUAGUGGUCUGGAGUAUCUGUUAGGGUAAUAGUCAUUAGGUGAGAGUGCAGUAGUACCUGAUUCUCUGUUCUUGCAGGUCGAAGAAGCCAAGCUCCAUCACGGUGCAAGUCACUGAGGGUGGCUGUAGCCCGAAUACCCAGAGGAGGAGAUUGGCGAGGGUUGAGAAAGUCCAUCAUACUUCCAAGCGGAGACCAGUUGUGUUUCCAGAAUAAGCAGGUACGCCCAUUCCCCACUCGUAGGUGUAAGUACUCAAAAGCUAGGUGCUUUAGCUUUAAGAGUUUGUUAGACAUCCAAUAGUUUGAUAAAGACCCUUUUAGAACCAUGUCAGUGAACCAAGCCACCCAAAUA